AUGCCCGCAAACUCACAAGAAGGUGAGAAGCCGACGGAAGUGGAGAAAACAGAAGUGCUUGAAACACUAGCCAAGAAGUGGACGAAGUUUCCAGGUAUCGAGGAACGCGGUGUAUCAGGCCGGAUCGUUCUGGCAGGCAACCAUAUAACGAGGCCGGACCUUGAUGCCAACUGGAAUAUUGUGGCGGCUGCAAUUGAGGCUGUGGGCUCUAGGCCCAGUGUCUACGCACUUGAAGAUGCAGUGGUGCAUUUCUUCCACCUUACCCGUCCCAAAGGAAAACCACCCGUCCCCAGCCUCUCGCAAAUUUUGCCGUACGCAAGGAUGGAGGAUCAGGAAUAUGAUCACGAUGUUCGACGUUCUUCAAGUUCACUGCCAGACGUGGGCAGUGACGAAGAGGAUGUUGCUGACUGCGAGGGUGAAGCUGGGGAGUCUGAGAUGGGCACCGAUGAUGAGUGUGAAGCUGUUGAUGAGCGGAAAGCUGAACCAGAGGCCCAUGGCAUGGAAGUGGGAUCUGGUGACUUCUAUGCAGGUGGAGUGGAAUCCCAAGAGACGCUUCCAAUGGAUAAUGAUGUUGCUGAACUUGCGCUUGAGAGUGCAAAGAUUGAGAUGGCGAAGAAGGAGAAGCAGCUGUGCAAAGCUGCUAUCAUUGAGGAAGCCCAGACCCGCCCGGCAGACCCACUGGACAAGCCAAUCAAGAGGGAGCCUGAUGAGGGCACCGGAGGGGUGCCUUUAAACAAGGAGGAGCCUGCAAGCGCCAAGGUCGAUGAGGAACCCCGUGCCAAGGGCCUGGACGGCCAGGUCGAUGGUCACGCUUCCGGGGGCCUCCUAGAUCAGGAGAAGCCAGAGCUCCUGAAGAGUGCUGCAGUGAUGUCUCCUGCCGAGCAGCAAGCCCUUUCAAAAGGCCGAACCAUCAAACCACGGGGAGGAGCCAAGAAAGGCAAGGCUCAGCUAGAGGAGGGCGAGGAUGAGGAGGAAAGGGAUGAGGCUUCUUGUGCAAAGCCGAAGCGUGGCCCAGGGCGCCCGAAAGGUGCUGGCAAGAAGCCUGCAGAAGCGAAGGCCAAAGCGAAGGCCAAAGCAAAGGCCUCGGCCUCUGCUAAGGCCCAGGCGAAGGGAAAAGCGAAAGCAAAGGCAAAGGCUAAGGCAUCCCCAAGUCCCAAGAAGAGAAAGAAUACGGAGCCCCCCAAUAGCCAGGACACUGCAUACUAUAGUGAUCAGCCAUCUAAGCCUAUGAAGCCUCAGAAGAAGAAGACACCCAUGAAAGCUGCGGUCAAGAAGGCAACGGCUGAGGAAGACAAGAAAAAGAAAAGUAGGAAAUCCUGCGCGUAUCACAAGACCAGAACACUCAAGAUCAGGGAGGGCUUCUCAGAGGAAGAGGCAAUCCGAUUGGCCAAGAUUGUUACCUGCCUGCAUCAUGUUCGAGAGCCAAUGUGUACGUACUUUGCUAGAUUUUGCUAG